AUGCAGGAGGACGACUACAAGAGCCUUGGGCUUCCAAGCUACGUGGUGGCUGAGAUGGAGGGGCUGAGCAAGGAGGAGAGGGAUUCAAUCCUCAGAUCUGUAGGGUUGAAGGUAGGCAGGAGCAAAACGAGCAAGAGGAAGGAGACUAGCGCGCAGCGAAGGGAGAGGAGAAAGAAGAGCCAGGCGACCAAGAUCGAGGGCCAGGUCGCACCCCAAGAGCAGGAGCCAAGGAAGGAGAAGCAGCGGGAGCAGCGGGAGCAGCAGGCGACGAAUGUUCGGUCCGAGGACAGCUUCUUCUCGGACAACCUCCCUCAAACUCAGCAGGAUCUUGACUUCUUGAGGAGCAUCUUCGGGGACACUGUGGGGCAGGGGGGAUACGGAUCGGAGAACCAGAGCCAGUGGUUGAGAGAGGCUGCUGUGGAGGAGGAGAAGGAGGAAGAAAAGGAGGCAGAGAUUGCUGAAGAGGAGGAGGAGGAGGAGGAGGAGGAGGAGGAGGAGGAGGGCGAAGCACAGGGGGAGGAGGGAAGCAGCGGGAGGAAGAAAAGGGUCAUGGUUUUCCCUGACGAGAACGACAUCGAUCCGUACAACCCUCAGACGUUCGGCUACACUCUGCUGGGGUACGUGCAGGGAGCUCAUGGAGUUCGCGGGGAGUUCAAGAUGAACUGUGAAGGCACCAAACCUCUCAUCAGGAUAGUGAAAGUGAAGAAGGUCAGAAGGCAAAGGAGCAAGGCGAAGGCCCUUACCAUUGGCAGAAAUGCUGAAGCGAAGGAGGAGGAGUGGGAGCAGAAGAUGGAAUUUUUCGUUGACGAGCUGGUCGGCCUCAAGGCCAUUCUCCCGCAAGAAGACAUGCGCGUGCUGGGGGAGGUGGUGGGGGUCGUGACAAGGGACGAGAUCUGCUCCUUGGACGGGUUGGAUUCGAUUUGGUGA